AUCUGACUACCCCAUAAGCUCUCUCCUAUUUAAAUGACAGGAGAUCCACAAACAUGGCAGCUGAAUUAAAUAAAAAGAAGCAAACAUCUUCAAAAGUGAAUCAAUCAAUUAAGCGGCUUCCAAGUUCAGGAUAUACAAGGGACUUCUGCAAUAAGUGUAGGAAGUAUACUUUUUUCAAGGUCAUUAUAAAAAUAAAAGCAGAGAAGAGGAGGGUAUUGGAUUUGUUUCGGAGAUCGAAUGGGAUAUGCAAAUAGCAUUGGGAACUACCAACUUGGUAGAACAAUCGGUGAAGGUACUUUUGCUAAGGUUAAACUGGCCAUGAACUGUGUCAACGGCCAGCACGUGGCAAUCAAGAUCAUCGACAAGAACUCGGUCAUGGAACACAAUCUCAUGAUUCAGGUACAGAGAGAAAUCAGAACAAUGAAGCUUCUGCAUCACCCUAACAUAGUGAGAAUACAUGAGGUUCUUGGCACAAAGACUAAGAUUUACAUUGUAAUGGAAUAUGUAUCUGGAGGGCAGCUCUCUGACAAGAUGUCUUAUGUUAAAAAGUUAUGUGAGAAGGAGGCUAGGAAACACUUUCAGCAGUUAAUUGAUGCUGUGGAUUAUUGCCAUUGCAGAGGGGUUUAUCACAGAGAUCUAAAGCCACAAAAUUUGCUUUUGGACAAUAAGGGAAAUCUUAAAGUAUCUGAUUUUGGACUCAGUGCUUUGCGGAAGCCAGGAAACCUGCUAUCUACAGCAUGUGGCUCUCCAAGCUACGUAGCACCAGAGCUGCUUACAAACAAGGGCUAUGAGGGAGCAGCCGCAGAUGUUUGGUCCUGUGGAGUUAUCCUUUUUGAAUUACUUGCUGGUUAUCUAGCUUUUGAUGACCCUAACCUGAUGAAUUUGUAUAGGAAGAUAUUCAAUGCAGAAUACAGAUUUCCAGCGUGGUUUACAGAAAGUCAGAAGAGGCUAAUCUCCAGGAUACUUGAUCCAAAUCCCAAAACGAGAAUAACAAUACCGGAGAUUAUCGAAGAUCGGUGGUUCCAAACAAAUUAUGAGCCUGCUGUGCGGAUUGAAUCUGAUGAAAAUAUCGACUUGGAUGAUGUUCAUGUAUCUUUCAAUUCAAUUAAGGAAAAUGAGACAGAGACAAAGAUACCCCAUAAUUCAAGUUUCAUCAAUGCUUUCCAGCUAAUAGCAAUGUCUCAGGACCUUGAUUUAUCAGGCCUCUUUGAAGAAAAGGACAAUGAAAAACAGAAAAUAACACUUGGAUCCAAGCAUACAAUCAAUGAAACAUUAGAGAAAAUUGAAGCUGCUGCAAAUGAUGUGAGUCUCUCGGUAGAAAGGAUGAACAAGUCUAAGGUGAAAAUGCACCCAAAGCAGAAGAUGACCAGAUGUUCUAGAUCAUGUUUCAACCUAAAAGCAGAGGUAAUUGAGGUAGCACCCACACAUUGUGUCAUAGAAAUAUCAAAAUCUGCAGGAGAGCUGGGAUUGUACAAAGAGUUCUGUGAAAGUUUAUCAAGUAUGCUGAUAGAAGAAUCAGGUGUGUCAUCCACAAAGCAAGAGACCAACGAAUUCAGUGUUAACAGCAAAGAUAUCCAAGAAACUCAAUGGUAUUCGUAAACAAAGCAUAAGUUGCUUGUACGCAUACCAAGCUUACAUCAAUUUGAAAAAUCAGACUGAAAGAUGACAGGGAUGAUAUAGAUCUUCAUGGCUAUUCUUCCACUUAGCUCAUCUUUGUUCAGCUUGAGAGAAGUUCUUGAUGGUCCCAGAAAGAAAUUGUAAAUCACAUUAUGAAGUAACCCCAGCCUUGUAUGUAAGAACAAAAGAGAAGAUCUUAGAAAUAUUGCAGAUGAGUAAGGCUUUCCUCAACUAGUUUUAAUUUCAAAAAGUGAUGUUGAUAAAGUUCUCUUUUGUUUAGUAUUUAUUCAGAGAUGUCUUAACAGACAUGUUUGCAUAAAAAAUAUUUGAUAGAGAAAGGAAUUCUUCAGGAUUCAAUUUAAUUUAUUAAUUUUUUUAAAAAGCUCUAUCCUGUUUGUUCCAUUA